AUGAAGGGAGAUGGCGAAGAAUCUCAGACAAAAUUAUCAGUUCUAGGAAAAGCUUCCUUAAAUUUACCAGAAGUGGCUGCAACAGUGGAGUCCCAGGUUGAGAGAAAGGUCCCCAUCACCUCCAAGGUUGGUGGUCUGGGCAGCGAAGCUACACUUUCGGUAAGCUCAAUCUCCAUGUCUGAUCUGAAUUCCUCUCAUUUCAAGCAAAGAAAUCCCCAAUACAAUCCCAUCUUUUGUUCAGGUGUGCGUGAGUUUGGCGGAGGAAAUGAUUCCACUGAGAAAAGCGAUACAGAAUUGAAUUCAAGAACUGAGUCAGAAUCUUAUCCCGGUUCCGAAACUCAGUUGGAACCUCCACCUCAACGGAAGGAGGGGUUAUUUUCCUGGAAGAGAAGGCGAUUGAGCUUUAUACCGCUUAAAAAGAAAGAACCCUUGAGUAAGAAGACAAAUGAAAACAAGAAUACAGAUGGCAGUGUGUUAGCUUCAGAAUGUUAUCAGUUUUGUGAUUGGGAAGAGAAAGUAGCAAGUAGAGAUGGGCAAUCAAAACUGAAAGCCAAUGUGUUUUUUGCUUCUUUCGAUCAAAGAAGCGAGAAAACAUGUGGAGAGGGUGCCUGCACAGCAUUAGUUGCAGCCAUUGCCCACUGGCUUCACCAGAAUCAGGACUUCAUGCCAACAAGAUCGGAAUUAGAUAGACUUAUAACACAAGGUUCCUCUGACUGGCGAAAACUUUGCGACAACGAAACCUACACGAAUUUCUUCCCAGACAAGCAUUUUGAUCUUGAGACGGUUUUAGAAGCUGGCCUUCAGCCUAUACAUGUCUUGCCUGAUAAGUCUUUCACCGGAUUUUUCAGCCCUGAUAAAUUCCAAUGUUUACAUGGAGGCAUGUCAUUUGAUGAGAUAUGGGAUGAAAUAAACGACUAGGCUGAGGAUCACCAGCCAGGAAUCUACAUUGUGAGUUGGAACAAUCAUCUCUUCAUGUUGAAGGUCGAAAUAGAUGCAUACUACAUCUUCGAUUCAUUAGGAGAGCAGCUUUUUGAAGGGUGCAAUCAGGCAUACAUUCUGAAAUUUGGUGAAUCAACUUUGAUGUUUGGAAAUUCACAGGAAACUGAAUAUUAUAAUAUGUAAAGGAAAAAACUGUUGUAAAGAAUACAUGAAAAGAUUUCUUGCUGCAAUACCA